AUGGCCAUUCAGACAUACUUCACCCUGAACACUAGUAUCAAAAUCCCUGCUAUAGCCAAACCUCUUAAGAUUGAGAAUACAAUAGAAGUUACACUCAAGCAAGGACAUCGUCAUAUUAAUUAUACCACAAUUUACCGCAAUAAAACCGAGGUGGGUACUAGUGUCAAGAAGUCUGGCAACACCAAGCACACACCUACAGAUAUCUUACCGGCCUUAGAAAAGACCUUAAAAGAUCUCGAGUUUCCUCUCAACGAGGAUAGUAUUUUUGAGCUAGAGGAUAUUAACUACAUUAAUACAUUUAAGAAGAUAAAGAAGUUUCUCGCCAUUAGAAAAGUAAAGGCUAUUGGUAUCUCCAACUUCAAUAUUCGCCAUUUAGAUAAUCCCCUCAACAAGAUCGACAUCGUGCCUACUACCAACCAGAUCGAAGCCCACCCAUACCUACAGCAGCCAGAGCUAGGUGACAUCAUAGAAGUAUACUCUCCCCUAGGCAAUAACCAGACCAGGGUGCCUCGUACUGUGGAUAAUCCUGUUGUCGCAGAGGUCGCGAAGGAGAUAGGCAUAGACCCCGGCCCUCUUCUAGCAAGCUGGGGUAUUCAGCACAGCACUAGUGUCACACCAUCCCGCAUUGCCGCCAACCUCCAGGUGAAGACACUUCCCGAUAACAUAUAUGGCAAGUUGACUGGUCUUGAACGCCACAAGCGCUUCAGCUUUCCCGCAAACUGGGGUUAUAAUAUAUUUGAGGAAGUGGGAGACAAGACAGUACGCAAGGUUGCAAUCGCAGCAGGCCCGGUCAAUAAAAUCAAGUUUACCGUUCCGUUUAAGGCGUACUGUACGUAUGUUAAGACCAGUCUAUGA